GCAUUGAGAAGUUCAAGGGCCGCUACCUCCACAGCCGGGACUACAAGCACCCCCAGGCUUUCGCGGACAAGAGGGUCAUUGUAAUCGGAAUCGGGAAUUCAGGGUCGGAUCUAGCUGUGGAGAUCAGUCAUACGGCCAAGCAGGUCUUCCUCAGCACCCGCCGGGGCGCAUGGAUCCUCAACCGCGUUGGAGAGCAGGGGCUCCCCGAGGACGUUGUCCUCACCACCCGCAUGAACAAAAUCAUCUCCAAACUGAUGCCCACAUCCAUGGUGUGCAACUGGGUAGAGAAGCGCCUGAACACAAGAUUCAACCACUCGCACUACGGCUUGAAGCCAAAGCACAGGAUCCUCCACCAGCACCCGACCGUCAACGACGACCUGCCCAACCGCAUCAUUUCGGGCAGAGUGCUGGUCAAGCCCAACGUCCAGGAGUUCACGGCCACCGCUGCCAUCUUCGAGGACGGCACCAAGGAAGAUGACAUUGAUGCUGUGGUCUUCGCCACGGGCUACAGCUUCGCCUUCCCCUUCCUCGAGGACUGUGUGACGGUGGUGGAGAACCAGAUCCCCCUCUACAAAUACGUCUUCCCCGUCCACCUGGAAAAGCCAACGCUGGCCUUCAUCGGCCUCAUCCAGCCCCUGGGCGCCAUCAUGCCCAUCUCCGAGCUCCAGUCCCGCUGGGCCACCCGCGUCUUCAAGGGGCUGGAGAAGUUCAAGGGCCGCUACCUGCACAGCCGCGAGUACAAGACCCCGCAGGCCUUCUCGGAGCAGCGUGUGGUCGUGGUGGGCACUGGGAACUCGGGCAUCGACAUUGCCGUGGAGCUGGGCCACGUGGCGAAGCAGGUCUUUCUCAGCACCCGGCGAGGGGCCUGGGUGCUGCACCGCCUCGCCGAGAGCGGCUACCCCUUUGACUACUCCUACCUCACUCGCCUCUUCCAGACCCUCAACAGCCUCGUUCCCCCCUCUAUCGGGAACUUCUUCAUGGAGAGGAAGCUGAAUGCCCGCUUCGACCACAUGCUCUACGGCCUGAAGCCCCAGCACCGGGUCUUCCACCAGCACCCGAGCAUCAACGACGACCUGCCCAACAGCAUCAUUGCAGGCAGAGUGCUGGUCAAGCCCAACAUCCGGGAGUUCACGGCCACCGCUGCCAUCUUCGAGGACGGCACCAAGGAAGAUGACAUUGAUGCUGUGGUCUUCGCCACGGGCUACAGCUUCGCCUUCCCCUUCCUCGAGGACUGUGUGACGGUGGUGGAGAACCAGAUCCCCCUCUACAAAUACGUCUUCCCCGUCCACCUGGAAAAGCCAACGCUGGCCUUCAUCGGCCUCACGUCCCCGCUGGGCCCCCCGCGUCUUCAAGGGUAA